CACCUCAUAUAAGUAGGUGUCAUACAUUUCUCUCAUCCAGCUGCCUCUUCUUCUUUCCUCUCUGGAACUUCCUUUCUACACCCCCCCACUAAACUUCCAGAGACCCCCCCACCCUCAAAAUGCAUACUCUUUUCUCUUCUUUCACCCAUCUCUUGAAAUUCUUGUUUCUUCUUCCAACAAUGCUUCCCCUACGCUUAACCGUCGUCGUUUCAUCUCUCCUCCUUUCUUGCAUCUUCCAACCCUUCUGCCUCGGGAUCCGCUCUUUCCCCACCACCACCGCCUCCACCGCCACCACCACCACCACAACGACCACCACCACCAAGAACCUCUUUCACUUCUCCGAAGCCCCGGAGUAUCGAAACGGAGCGGGUUGCCCUGUACCCGGCAACAAAAACUCCAUCCCAUCAUGCGACCCAUCUCUAGUCCACAUCGCAAUGACACUCGACUCCGGCUACCUACGUGGCUCAAUCGCCGCCGUUCAUUCCGUUCUCCGCCACUCCUCCUGCCCAGAAAAUGUUUUCUUCCAUUUCAUCUCCGCCGAGUUUGACCCAGUGAGUCCACGUCUCUUGACUCGUUUGGUAAGAUCCAUUUUCCCGUCGCUAAACUUCAAAGUUUACAUCUUUCGUGAAGACACUGUGAUAAACCUUAUCUCCUCCUCCAUUCGUUUAGCGCUGGAGAAUCCAUUGAACUACGCGAGAAACUAUUUGGGUGACAUGCUUGACUCGUGUGUGGAACGAGUUAUCUAUCUUGACUCGGAUAUUGUCGUUGUUGAUGAUAUCUUCAAGCUAUGGAGUGUGAAAAUGGGUGAGUCGAAGGUUAUUGGUGCACCAGAAUAUUGCCAUGCGAAUUUCACAAAGUAUUUCACAGACGAAUUCUGGGUUGACCCUUUGUUGUCUCGUGUGUUUGGAACGAGAAAAGCUUGUUAUUUCAACACGGGUGUGAUGGUUAUGGAUAUGGUGAAAUGGAGGGAAGGGAAUUAUAGGAAGAGGAUUGAGAAUUGGAUGGAGUUGCAGAAGAAGAAGAGGAUUUAUGAACUGGGUUCAUUGCCACCGUUUUUGCUUGUUUUUGCAGGAAACGUUGAAGCUAUUGAUCAUAGAUGGAAUCAACAUGGACUUGGGGGUGAUAAUUUGAAUGGGGUUUGUAGAUCUUUGCAUCCUGGUCCUGUGAGUUUGUUGCAUUGGAGUGGGAAAGGGAAGCCCUGGGUAAGGCUUGAUGAGAAGAAAGCUUGUCCUUUGGAUUCACUUUGGGAGCCUUAUGAUCUUUAUAAGCCCAGGAAUUAUAAAGAUCAAGAGGUUCAACCUUGGAGUUUUUCGUCUUCGAUUUUGGUUGGAUAUGCUCAUGAUUUGUUGUGAUCAAGCGAAAACAGGCGCGACAGAACGGUAUUGGAAGGUGCGAUACCUAUAGUGUAGUGUAUUCACCUAUUCGCCUCGCCUCACGCCGAGGCAACGAUCAACGAUUGCAAUCAGCUUCGCAACACCUGUAUGAACAGAUGGCCAGACCAGACCGAAAUCGCGAAAUCCUUUAGUAUGAAUCUUUUUGGUACUUUUGUUGUGUUGUUGUUUAGAAAUUUGUGAUUCUUUUUUUCUUUUUAGGUUAUGUACAGAUUUGUUUUUUUUCUUCAAUUUUGUUCAUCAUUCUUUGUGUAGAAUGGUUUUUAUUUUUAUAUUUUAAAUUUUUGUGAUUUAGAUGUGAAAUUUGAAUUCUUUUUGGGAUGGAGGGUUCCAUUAUUUGGAGCAAUUUUGGUGGGUGGGAUAAGUACUUUUGAAUGGGGUCAGUAUUGAUUGUAUGCGCCAAACAAAAUGCAGAAUGAUAGACAGCUGUUUCAUUGUUUUUA